AUGGAUUUCCAGACGACUCCAACCUUCGCGGUUGGGGAUCAUGAGGCUUUCAUAAAGUUUGCUCUCAUUCAAGCAAAAAGAUCCCCGCCAGCUGCCAACAAAUUUUGCGUUAGAGCCGUACUUGUCGAUGCCGCUAACGGUAAGGUCUUAUCGACAGGAUACUCGCUUGAAUACCCGCGAGAUUAUAAGGGAGAUCUAGGCACGACGCAUGUAGAGCAGUGUUAUUUUAUUAAGAUCGCCGAUAAGCACAAUCUCCCUAAGGAACGCAUCUAUGAGGUCCUUCCGGCUAAUAUAGUGCUUUACACGACCAUAGAGCCAUAUAACGAGAGGCUUAGCAGCAAUAUGACCUGCGCGACUAGGAUCUUGAGACUUAGGAGCACCAUUGGGACUGUCUACGUGGGAACCAAAGAGCCAGGGACGUUUAUCGCGCACAAUGACGGGCAGCAAAGGCUGGAGGCAAACGGUGUCAAGGUCGUGUUCCCAGUUGAACAUUGGCGUGACAGGAUCAUCAAGGUCUCAAUGACUGCCCAGGUGGACACUGAAGGCUGA